AUCAGCAAAUUUGGACAUGCUUAGUCAUCGGCAUGAGUUAAGUGCACAAAAUCCUCCAAGAAUAUUUAGCAAUCAGGAAGCUUUGUGCCCGGUGGAUACCUCAUAAAAACUCCGUCGUGUUGAUUGGUAUCAUGAAAUUGUUCAAAUAUUUAAAGGACGUAACACAAAUGCUGUGAUCGACAUACUUACGGGUGACGAAAGCUGGAUUUAUUGUUAUGAUCCUGAACUAUAUAGAUGCCCCAAAUAAUAAUAAUAAUGAGAAAACUUUAUAGAUACCACAUAAUAAUAACAUAUCACUAAUAACGUAACAGUUAAGUGACAAAACUGCUACGUCAGUGCAGUCAGUCAGCGCCUUGCCAAGAGGUGUGUGUGCCGUGCCUCGGCAGAAUUUAGGGUGCAAAGGUCCGUCUGUGCUUAUGGCCGCACCAUGAAACGGUGCCGGGCCUGGGCGUCUGCCGUUAAUUGACGCCCAUACAAUGGAUGAUGGACAAUAAAAGAGUGCGCAAAGGGCCGCUGCCUGGAGGUCGCCAGGGCGCGUCUGGAGCUGGCGCUGGACGCGACAGCAUGCGGGUCGCCAGCCAAGCGCGGGGGGCUGCAAGACCACCAAGUAGCCGCCCGCAUCCAUCAUCCCCACCAGAGGGCUUGGUGUCGGCUGGGUCUUCUCGGACUCAGCAAGCGGCACCCGCCGCUGGUGGAACACGUCGCAUGCGUUGGACAAAAAUGAUGAACGCAAACGCAUUGCGAGCGUAUUUUAGGGCAAAAGGGGAAGAAGCUGGAAUGUUGGCGUAUCGGGCUGGGAUGCAUCGCUUUUUCGCGGAGUUGGAGCCAUCUGUUCAUGUAUCAGAGCAAAACCUGGCAGACCGAGUUCGGUACAUCCUGCGCUCCAACAUAUUUGGUGACGCCGAACUUGAACGACUACGACGUGAGGCUGUUCCCUCAUUGGAUGAAAAUGCUACAGCUGGUAAUGCGACGCCACAAAUUGCAGAACAAUCUGCACACGUCGAUGCCGCCGCGGAUUCUCCAGUUGUAGUUGAUUCAGACGAUGAUGGAAUGGUCACCCAAGAACUAGAGCAGUUGGAGGAGGCGAUUGUGGAAACGCGCAGUACGCCUCUCGAAAAUCGACCGCGACUACCGCGCAUACCCCUAAGCAAGCGGAAUCGGGCUGUCGUGAGGGCUCUUAACCCAAUGCUGGUGACCUAUUUGGAAGCCAGCCGGGACCUUUGCGAGACGGACUCAAUUCUUUUUGGCGCCGCACUGGCAGCUUGCCGAAUUAUUGGCGCCAAACUUCCCACGGCUGGACGCGCUACUAGACAAAGUAGCGCCAUCCCAGCCUGGAGAAAAAGGAUUGAGGACCGUAUCGCAAAGGCAAGGGUCCUCAUCGGCAGACUGAUAAGCUUCAGGUCGGGCAAUAAUAGGCCGAGAAUUGUGCGCACCGUCAGGAUGGCGUUUGCUGAGACAAACAUCAGUUUGUCCCAGCCGGAUAUAACGCAAAAACUGACGGAGCGCAUAGAUAACCUGAAGCAGAGAAUCGCUGCUUGGGGGAAGCGGAUUCGGCGAUAUACCAAAAGGUCGACACGGUUCAACCAGUAUCGUCUCUUCCAGAGUGUUCAGAAGAGGCUCUAUGAAUCAUUAAAGCGACCAAUGGUACGUGGAACGGGCCCAGCACCGAAACAGGCCGACACUAUCGCAUUCUGGCGCGGCCUGUGGUCAGAGCCCGUAAACCACAGCGAGGGCCCUUGGACGGAAGUUGUGGCGAGUCAGUGUGCGAAUAUUACGCCCAUGGACCCCGUCAUCAUAACGCUGGAUGACGUAGCUGAGGCGGUCCGUAGGGUCCCGAACUGGAAAAGUCCGGGAAUCGACGGACUGCAUCACUACUGGCUGAAGGGGUUCGUGGUGUGUCACGCUGUGCUCGCCCGACAGUUUCAAGAGGCUCUCGACCAAAAGUCUCUCCCGAGCCUCUUCACUACUGGGAUCACUCAUUUGGUUCCUAAAGACCGGGAUUCCACAGACCCGAGCAAGUACCGCCCCAUAACGUGUCUACCUACCAUAUACAAGACACUAACUUCCAUUUUGAGCGCGAGAAUCACUCAUCAGCUGAAGUCAAAUCAGGUGAUGUUGCGCGCUCAAAAUGGAUGUCGGGGCGGUGGUCGUGGAACCAAGGAACCACUCCUCAUUGACGCGGUCAUUGGCAAGGUGGUUAAACGCAACCGUCGGAACCUCUCCGCCGCCUGGAUAGACUACAAAAAGGCAUUCGACUCGGUGCCUCAUACAUGGCUGAAGAGGGUCCUCGAGCUGUACAAGGUUGACUGUACAGUUCGAGACUUCCUCGGGCAGUGUAUGGGGCAGUGGAGUGCGAUCCUUUGUCAUCUAGGCCAGCGGAUGACGGCAGCGGAGAACCACAUAAGGAUAAGAAGGGGUAUCUUCCAGGGCUAUUGUUUGAGUCCAAUCUGGUUCUGCCUCUCUCUGAACCCUCCUAGUACCUUACUGGAGGGUUCCGGGAGGGGAUUUCAGCUUCGGAAAGGAGGUACAAAAGUGACCCACCUUUUCUAUAUGGAUGAUCUCAAGUUAUUCGCCUCCAGUCGCUCCCAUCUUGUGGAAUUGCUAAAUAUCACUUGUGAUUUUUGCAAUUCUAUUGGAAUGGAGCUGGGGACGGAUAAGUGUGCGAUCCUCCAUGUCGAAAGGGGAAGGGUUGCUAACUCUGAGGGCAUGGACUUAUCUAUGCCCAUCAUCAUAAGACCCCUUUCCGAGGCUGAAACAUACCGAUACCUGGGUAUGUCACAGAAUAUCGGUGUCGAUGAGGCGGGUAUGAAGCAGUCAGUUUGCGAUGUGUUUUAUGCACGCUUGACAAAAAUGCUUAACAGUCUUUUGUCGGGCGAUAAUAAGACAUACGCUUAUAACGGUUGGAUCAUGCCUGUUCUCAUGUAUACCUUUGGCAUACUCAGGUGGACUCAGACCGAACUGAACGCUCUGGACAGAAAAGUCCGCACUAUAAUGACGUCCCACAGAGUGCAUCAUCCGAGAUCGUCGGUAAUGAGGCUGUACUUGCCGCGGAAGCAUGGUGGGCGCGGCUUUUUAAGCGCGCUUACCCUGCAUAAUCGCGAAGUGUGCAGCCUCCGUAAUUAUUUUCUGGCGAGAGCGGAUGAUCCAUUCUAUAGGGACGUUGUUUUUUGUAAUAAAGGACUUACCCCUCUAUCCUUAGCCAACGAGCAAUGGCAAGACCCGGCAGUACAGAGCAUUUCCGACCGGGAGACCGUAUGGAAGGAGAAGGAGCUCCACGGGAGGUUCUACAAGGCUCUACAUGAGCCUUUCGUAGAUACAGUUGCCUCCCUCCACUGGCUACGUUUUGGUGACCUCUUCGGGGAAACCGAGGGUUUUGUCUGUGCAAUACAGGAUCAGGUUAUUAAGACGAACAACUAUCGGAGAUACAUCCUUAAGGGAUGGCACCGUCGACAUUUGUCGAGCUUGUCGCCAUCCCGGUGAAUCACUUAGGCAUGUCAUCUCCGGUUGUUCGGCGCUUUCUAACUCUGAGUACUUGCAUAGGCACAACCUAUGGCAGAAAUUCCUUAUGGCAGAAUUGCUGGAGGACCUAAGCAUUAUGCUCAAUGACCUCAAUAGUGUUUCCCAACGGAUAGGUCUUAAGAUGAACAUGGACAAAACAAAGAUCAUGUUUAAUGUCCAUGUCACACCUAUGCCGGUAGUUGUUGGGACCACUAAGCUCGAAGUUGGUGACGAGUAUGUUUACCUGGGACAAAUAAUCCGACUAGGUAAGUCCAACUUCGACCGCGAGGUCAAUCGACGGAUUCAACUCGGUUGGGCAGCGUUCGGGAAAUUACGGCACAUCUUCUCGUCAGGUAUACCUCAAAACUUGAAAACGAGACUGUACAACCAGUGCGUGUUGCCAGUGAUGACAUAUGGAGCUGAGACGUGGUCCUUCACUUCUGGCCGGAUGAGGAAGCUCAAGGUUGCUCAGCGAGCUAUGCUCGGAGUUUCUCUGCGUGAUAAACUCAGAAAUGAGGAUAUCCGCAGUAGAACCGGAGUGACCGACAUAUCCCAACGGAUUAGUAAGUUGAAGUGGCAAUGGACCGGCCAUAUAGCUCGAAGAACCGACAACCGAUGGGGAAAAAAGUUUUCGAGUGGCAGCCUCGUACCGGCAGUCGAAGUGUAGGGCGUCUCCCCACUAGAUGGAGUGACGACCUCUUAAGAUAUGCAGGAAGUCGAUGGAUGCAUGUGGCUCAGGACCGUGCUUUGUGGCAUUCCUUGGGGGAGGCCUAUGUUCAGCAGUGGACUUGUGAAGGGCUGUAAUGAUGAUGAUGAAUGAUGUAUAGACAAUCUUCAUAAAAUUAUAUCACUCUAACUUUACGACGUAGCGUAAAGUUAAUAUUAUUAAUUAUAUUUCAUCGCUUCAUUUUUCAGAUAUAAAUAUUCACCAGGUAGUCCCCUUAACCUACAGGUGACUCUAUGCACGCUUAAAAAGACAUUCAUUUGACUAAACUGAAGUUAACUGUGAACCGAUUUACCCCUACCACCGCCGACUCGCGGACGGGGUGAGUCGCCAUUCUGAGCUCAUUCCUUUUUCGUGCACGGUGACGACAGCACGCGUCUCCGAAUAAGUUUUUACUUUAUUCUUGCCUUUAGUAUUUAUAAUUAAAAUCAUAAUGCCAAAACGAAGUGCGGAAGAAAAAAUCGAGUGUUACGAACGCAAAAUUAGAAGAUUACGUGAACGCGAUAUCGGACGACAUCGCCGAAUACGCGUCAUAUCAUCCGAUUCUUCCAAUAGUGAAGGUGUUGAAGAUGCCGACCAACCUGAGUUAAGCCUUAAAAAUAAUGCGAAGGAUCUCGGGAACUCUUCAGGACAGUGUCCCACACCAUCCAUCAGAGAGCCUGAGCCCAUGCCGGAGCCCGACCUUACGCCAGAACCUGAGCUCGCAGUGGAGCCAGUGUCUAGACCAGAGACCAGGACAGAGAAACCAUUAGAGCCACUGGCUUUGGAGGCAACCUCGUUGGAACAAAACCCGAACGAUGAAUCAGCCGAACCAGAAUUGGACCCUGAACUUUUAGAAGCCCUCGGUGAAUCCACCAGCGAUACCCCAGAGUUUGGAGAAAGAAUUCACGAGAGUUUAGCCAAAUUGUGGCUUCCUCUACUCGUCAAAGGCUUGCCAAAAGAUGAAAAAGAAAAAAUUUUGAAGGAGUACUUAAUCCCGGACAACUGUAGGUUGCUGCAAGCGCCUAAAUUAAACGCAGAGAUAUCAGCAGCAGUUAUAGACUCUGUAAGAAACAGGGAUAAGAUCCUGGUAGUUCACCAACAACAACUAGGGUCGGGGAUAACAGCCAUUAACAGAGCGCUGAAUACUCUCUUAAGUGGGGAUGACAAGAAGAAUGCUAUCCAACAUCUUAGCAAUGCCUGCCGUAUACUAUCGGAUUUGCAUACGGUAAAUACGAAUAGCCGCAUAAAGCUCAUUACACCAAACCUGGAUAAGAACUUCCUCCACAUAGUUCUAGAUGCCGUAAGAGACGAAACUUUGUUCGGUAACAAACUUGCAGAAAAGAUCAAGGCAGCCAGAGCAAUUGAACGACAGGGUCUCCAAAUAAAAAAGACUAAUCCGAAACCUUCCAGCUCUCAAUCCAAUAGCCACCGCUCUUCUAAUUCGGGAAACUGGUCCGGCCCACCCCGGUACUCAUCGAACCGAGGCAACCGAGGUGGGAAGAAAACGACGACGCAGAGCCGCCGUCCAUACCUGAGCUCGACGCAACAGCAGCCAGCAUCGAAGCCUGCAGCAGCGAACAAGCCUCGUGCCCUGGCGCCCCAGUAACUCAGGGAACACCAUCCUUUACACGCGAGCCUUACCUUGGGUGUCGCGAGGCUCUCCAGCAAGCUUUCUCCCGAAGAUGCCCACCAGAGGCCCUCAACCUCAUGCUAGCAUCACUCUCCGAUAGUACGAAAGUAAAAGAACAGAAAACAGAGGUAAACUGUUCCUCACUCACAAGCCACCACACAGACCAGCCACGACACAAUCAAUCAGUCGAUGGAUUAAACAAGUGCUAUCGGAGAGUGGAGUGGAUGUAUCAAAGUUUGGCGCACACAGCACUCGCCACGCCUCUACCUCAGCUGCGGGCCGUGCGGGUCUCAGCGUUGAUGCCAUCCGUAAAGCUGCCGGAUGGACUCCUACAUCAAAUACUUUUGCGCGAUUCUACAAUAGAACCCUUGUUGAUGAGGGGAAAUUUGCAAGAUCUGUUUGCUUUACGUCGAAUCUUUAGGUUAAGACUGUAUCGGCACUCAUAAAUACAAAAACUAAUUGUUCCAAUUAUCGUGAUUAUAUAACGUUUCAUGUACGAUUAAUAACUAAUAAAUAUAUUC